CCUCCACCACCACCAUACUACUACCACUCUCCUCCUCCUCCAGUCAAAUCACCACCGCCACCGUACUACUACCACUCCCCGCCUCCUCCGGUGAAAUCCCCACCACCACCAUAUUACUACCACUCACCACCUCCACCGGUGAAAUCUCCACCACCACCAUACUAUUACCACUCACCACCUCCUCCGGUGAAGUCUCCUCCACCACCAUACUACUAUCACUCUCCACCACCACCGGUGAAAUCUCCUCCUCCUUACUAUUAUCAUUCUCCACCUCCUCCGGUGAAAUCUCCUCCACCACCGUACUACUACCAUUCUCCACCUCCUCCAGUCAAGUCUCCACCACCACCGUACUACUAUCAUUCACCACCUCCUCCGGUGAAAUCUCCACCACCACCAUACUAUUACCACUCACCACCCCCACCUGUGAAAUCUCCUCCUCCACCAUACUACUAUCACUCACCUCCUCCUCCGGUGAAAUCUCCACCACCACCAUACUAUUACCAUUCACCACCCCCUCCAGUCAAAUCUCCUCCUCCACCAUACUACUACCACUCACCACCUCCUCCAGUGAAAUCUCCACCACCACCAUACUAUUACAACUCUCCACCACCACCGGUGAAAUCUCCUCCACCUCCAGUCUACAUCUACGCUUCUCCCCCACCUCCCACCCAUUACUAGGCUCAUCAAAUUCAACCAAAUUUCCCCAUUAUUCAAGUUUUCUUUUAAAAAAUGGAAUAAAGGAAGGGUCAAUGUCAAAGAGGAGAAGAAGUGAACCAAAUAAGGAUCGUCGCGUGGAAACCAGGAGUCCUACAUCACCAACAAUGAUCCACAUCACUUCCUCUUAUUCAUUGUCGCUCAUCUUCCACUUCUGCAUAAUCAUCGUCGUGUCUUCGUCAAGUCAAAUUGUUUCCAAGACCCCUUUAGAUCGUUUCAUACUCUUCUUUGUUUCCUUUUGCUGUUAAGUGAGAAAAAUGGGUCUCGUAAUUUAUUUGUUUGUGCAUACAUUUUCUAUAUUUUUUGUUCUUUAAUGUAAUGAGAGAUUUGUUAGCAAAUAAAAAAGUGUUCAGUUUCUUGUUU